AUGUCCUCUGCACAAGACGAAUUUAAUCGCCUUGCCCGUAAUAAUCGGGAAAAAUUCUCCACGCAUCCCGAAGACCACGAUAACUCUGACCUUGAUUCCAAUCCCGACUCCGACUACGCCAACAAUUAUCCCCAGUACUCCGACUCCGAAGACCACGAUCCCGCCAUGACACGAACAAGUACCUAUCACGUCCCCAACAUCGUUUUCGACGCCAACACCGGCCCGAAAGGUGUCAUCGCGGAUGCCCAGGCUUUUGAGCGGGCUCGCAAGGGCUCCUUCCGCAGGACCCUGUUCGGGGGUGACUUCUCACGCACAUCCAAGUCCGUCACGGACGACGCAACUCUGCUGCACAAAGCCACGCCGCCGGAUGGUUCGGCUAGUGAAGAUGAGGGCCGGUUCAUACGCAAAUGGCGGGAGUCGCGCAUGGCGGAAUUGCGGCAGGUGCCCAACCGACGGCCAAGUCCCCGUCGGAAACUCUACGGAUCAGUGGACACUGUCGAUGCAGUCGGAUAUCUAGAUGCCAUUGAGAAAGUCCCCUCGGAUACGACGGUUGUAGUUUGUGUUAAUGAUCCUGAGUCUAAGACUAGUGCUCUGGUGGAAGACUGCCUGGGCACAAUCGCUUGUCGUCAGCCUGCUGUCCAUUUUGUCAAACUUCAUUAUGAGAUCGCCGAGAUGGACCACAUCCGGCCUCCCGCAUUGCUGGCCUACAAGGGUGGGGAUGUCUUUGCUACCAUUGUUGAGAUUCCCCAACAGAUUUCCAAAGGGAGAAGCUGCACGGCCGACAGCUUGGAAGAUUUGCUCAAAACGCACCGUGUGUUGUGA